UAAAUAUUCAACAGAGGAUGCUAGCUAUGCCCACGUCGGACACGACAAAAGGACAGCAACUCCUGAAUAACUGGAGUAAAGAUGAAACCACAUGCUUUAUCGAGGACAUUAAGUUGUAGGUAUCUGACUGAGAGCCUGUAGCCAUGGAUGGGCAUGUUGCCAAAAACAAUGAAAGCACUUUCCCCAGCUUUGUGGACCUGGAUGACUUUCUCACUAAGCACAACUCCAACUUCAUCUGGCUCCUCGUCGCCACCAUUCUGUCCUGUGGAUGGAUCAUCUAUUUAACUUAUUACAACUCCCGCAACAUUGGCCUCAUCCUCACCCUCAUCAUCAACAGACUCUACAAGGAUGGCUACAUUCAUAUUGGCUCCUUCUCCUUCUCUGUGCUGUCGGGGAAAGUCAUGUUCAGAGAUGUCUACUACAUCAACCAAGACCUGUCUAUCAGGAUACAGGAUGGCUUCCUCAUAUUUCGCUGGUGGAAAAUGUAUAACCCAAAACAGAAACAGCAUGACCCCAAGGCAGAGACCAGGCUUUACGUGACGGUUAACGGCUUCGAGUUUCACGUCUACAACCGCACUGACCUCUACGCCCGACUGCAGGAGACCUUUGGACUGGACCCCACACUCAUAACGCCCAAAAAAGAUGAGGAGAGGGGACGAGAGGACAGAAACAAGACCCUAGAAAGUGUGAACAUUAAAGCAGAAAGUUCGGACCACACGUCGUCCUGGCGCUCCCUCAUUCCUGUCAUCAAAGUUAACAUCAGCACCGGUCGUCUGGCUUUUGGGAACCACUACCUCCCUCAAACUCUGUGUAUGAACUUUGAGGAUGCCUUUCUGACGUACGCCACCAAGCCUCCAUCCAGCCACCUGGACCAGUACAUGCACAUCGUCAAAGGCUCGCUGGAGAACGUGCGCGUCAUGCUGGUUCCCAGUCCACGCUACCUUGGCAUGCAGAACGAUGAACCUCCCAGACUGAUGGGUGAAGGCUUUGUGGUCAUGCAGUCCAAUGAUGUUGACAUCUACUAUUACCAGGAUGAACCCGGUCUGGUGCCUGUGGAGCAGGAGGGUGGGGAGGAGGCAGAGACAUGCAGUGAGGGCGAUAAGCUUCAGGACCUGCCUCCAUGUUGGGGUCUGGAUAUCGUCUGCGGAAAAGGCACCGACUUUAACUACGGCCCUUGGGCAGAUCGUCAGAGGGACUGUCUGUGGAAGUUCUUCCUGCCGGCCGACUACCAGGACAUGAAAGUGACUGAGGUUGCUCAGCCAGGAAAACCCAGGCAGAUCCAAGCCUUCGAGCUCCGCAUGAACAUCAUCGCUGACGCCACCAUCGAUCUGCUUUUUACCAAAAACAGGGAAACCAAUGCCAUCCAUGUGAAUGUAGGUGCAGGCUCUUACCUGGAAGUCAACAUCCCCAUGACUGUCGGAGAGAAUGGCUACUCUCCCACCAUCAAAGGCCAGCUGCUUCACGUGGACACCACCAGCAGCAUGCAGUACAGGACGCUCCUGGAGGCUGAGAUGCUGGCUUUUCAUGUGAUAGCCAGCUACCCUCGGGUCUGGAACAUGCCUCAGUUCUGGCAGUGUGAGAUUGAGGUGUACAAGGCCACCUACCACUUCAUCUACGCUCAGAAAAACUUCUUCACAGAUUUGAUCCAGGACUGGGCAAGUGACAGUGCCCCGGACAUCUACUCGUUUGUGCCCUAUUCCUGGAAGUUCAAGGUCCUUUUCCACCAGUUCGAGAUGAUCUGGGCGGCAAACCAGCACAACUGGAUCGACUGUUCCACCAAACAGCAGGAGAAUGUGUACCUGGCAGCAUGCGGCGAGACGCUCAACAUCGACUUCACUUUGCCUUUCAACGAGUUUGUUCCAACCACCUGCCAUACCCGCUUCAGCUUAAAGGCAGAGGACACAGACAUGCGUCUGUCCCUGCCAGAGUGCCACCCGAGCCGUUAUCCCCUCCUCACCCUGGCCAAAGAUUACCAGAACGUCAAGCUGCCCCCAGACAUGUUCAUGCCCGGGGAGACCCAGGGAGCUCCUCCUCCCAAACCCACCAAGUCCCGCUGGAGGAACAUCACCCACGCAGAAGCUGGCUGGGUGGAUUGCUGGAGUGUGCCCAACUUCUUGCUCAUCAUCGACUACACCUGGCAUCCCAUUUAUCCCCAGAAGGCCGAUGAGCAACUCAAACAGUCGCUGUCUGAGAUGGAAGAAUCCAUGCUGUCAGCUCUGCGUCCCCCGGAGCACGCCUCAGUGCACCACAACGCUCCGCCACGCUACACCUCCACAUCCGCUUCAGCUGCCCACAGCCGGAUGCCCACCGACCCCUCAGAGCUCCCCCCUGACAGACUCCACGUGGAGAUGGAAAUGUCUCCAGACUCUCAGAUCAUCCUCUACGGGCCUUUGCUCCGAGCACUGAUCUCCAUCAAGGAGAAUUAUUUUGGUGAGGACGACAUGUACACAGACUUUGAGGAGGCAGUGUCCAGCCCCGUGCUGUCCACCUCCACCUCUUCAGGUCUGGGCUGGUCUCCUCUGGGAAUGGAGGACAGCGAACAGAAGGAAGGCUCAAACAUCCAUCCCCUGGACCUGCGCCCCUGGGACAUCACCGUGCUCAUCAACCUCUACAAAGUCCACGGCCGACUGCCAAUGCACUGCAGCAGCGAGGGUCCCGAAGGUCCGUCCGGCUUCUUGGAGCGGCUGUGUUUUGAGAUGAAGAAGGGUUACAAGGAGACGAUGCUUCAGCUGCUCCUGUCUCCCAUUCACAUCUUCAUCAGUGACAACUACCAGCGUCCUACAGCGGAUGGUGUGUUGAGGGAUGGCCACCUGAGUUUGUCUGGCCUGCAGAUGAGGGCUCACGCCAUGUUCUCAGCUCAGGGCCUCCCCCUGGGCAGUGACACGCUGGAGUACGCCUGGCUCAUCGACAUGCAGGCCGGGGGGCUCACCGGCAGGGUCACUGUGCCACAGGUGGCCAGUAUGAUCGAGUGGGGGGAGACUUUCCUCUUCCACGGGGUGUCCCGAGAGUUCCAGCUAGAACAACCUAAGCCCUCUGUCAUCUGCCAGCACGGCGUGGACCGCCGCAUCUGUGAUGCCAAGCUAAGCUGCCUGCCAGGUCACUGUCGCACAUCAGAGGAGCUGAAGUACACCAUGACCCGACUGGCCAUGGAUGGGGUUGACCUCUUUGUUGUGGAGCAUGGCUGCGCUGCCAACAUCAAGACGGCUAACGUUCGUGUAGCCAACUGCAACCUGCACAACCAGGCAGUGGGAGAAGGCAUCAGCGCCAUGGUGCAGGACGUAAACAUCCGGCAGUACAUCGAGCAGCAGCAGCACAGCGAGGCGACCAGAUUGCAGCCAGCUGGACAGGGUCAAGGUCCGGGUCAGCCGUUAGGUCUGGGUCAGCCCCCUCUGCUGCGACGCUCUGUCUGGCUGGAGGCGGGUUCAGUCAACCUGAACCUCAUCACAGCAGACAUUGCCCUAGCCGCUGACCACCCAGCCAAAUGUGAGGUCCAGAGGCAAUUUCUGGAGCUACACGAUGCUCAGACCAAAAGACUCUGGUUCCUGUGGCCGGAAGAAGCCGGCAUCCGGAACAAGCGCAGCAGGAACCGCUGCGGCUGCCUCGGAGGCUGCAGGUUCUUUGGAGGCACCAACAUGGGCCUGGACUUCUUUAAGCUUGAAGAGCUGACGCCGUCAUCCUCGUCCGCGUUCUCCUCUUCCAGCACCGAGUCGGACAUGUCUUACGGACAGUCUCUGCUGCAGCCGGGGGAGUGGAUUAUUACUAAGGAAACUCCCAAAGUGGAUGGGAGAGUAGUCGGACUGAAGACGGACACGCACUCGCCCUGCCUGCCCCCUGAGCUGCCUGAGAGGCGCGGUCAGCAGUACCUCAGUCUGCAGGUGCCCCAACGCUCCCACAGCUCUGCCUCCUCCUCUGAAGAAAAUAGUUCCUCUAGUGCCGCGCUGCCCCUGCUGGCCGGAGAGAGGGACACUCCAUCGCCGAGCACAGAGGAACGCAUGUUCCCCAUGAACGGCAAAAGCCCUGCAGACACGCUUGGAGAGGUCCCAGAGGUCUCGCCAGUCUCACCCAACAGCUCCCAGGACCGCUCCUCAGUGCGCUCACCCCUCUGCUCUCCUCUCAAGCGCCAGUCCUCUGUCCACUCAGGCCGACUGGGCAGCACCAAGAGCCUGUCUGCGGCCGUCUUCACAGACAAGCCUCCCCCAGUCCUGUCCGGAGGCGUCCAGUUCAGCAGCGAGGUUUCCCGCAGCGAUGAAAACGUCCUGGAUUCGCCACGUCAGCGCAGGAGCUACGGCUCCUUCCCCUUCACGCCUUCAGCAGACUCUAACACGUUCCAUCAGUACCGCUCCGCAGACUCCAGCAUGUCCGUGGCCGACAGCGAGGCCUACUUCUCCGCCGCUGAGGAUUUUGAGCCAAUUAGCAGCGCCGACGAGGGUCCGGGGACGUACCCGGGUCGCAAGAAGAAGAGGAGGCAGCAGAUGCAGCAGCCGCAGCAGCCCCCGUAUCACAUGGAGAACUACAGCCGGAGCUCCAUCUACCACAGUGUCGAGGGACCCCUCACCUAUGUUCUUAACGGGGAGUUGAUCACUGAGCCCCGCCCUCUGCCCAUGCCCCCACUGCUGCCCCCGCUGCCGCCUCAACCCCUGCCCAGCCACACGUCCCAGGCGUCCUUCGUCUCAGCCCUGGCCAUGGAGGAGGAGAGCUCCGUGGAGGCCGAGAAGACGGCUGAACCCGGCCCUGUAACCCGCCAGCCUCACGUCAUGGCGUGCUACCAGAACUACCUUGCCCACUACCAGGUGUCAAACUGGUCUGUGAAGCAGCCCACCAAUAAGAGGACCUCCAAGUCCUCUCUGCACCGCCCCCUAGAUUUGGACACACCCACCAGCGAGGAGAGCUCCGGCUCCUUUGACCAGCUCUCUGUUCCCAGCUUUAAGGUGAUAAAGCAAGGCCUCUCUGCCAGCUCUUUACUGGACAGAGGACUUCAGCUGAUGGGAGAGAACAACAGCACACCAUACACCCCACUGGAUAAGAGGGCCAUGGAGAACACGGAUGAGGACACGACGACUGAUGACUGGACUCUGGAGCAGCCCUUAGCUCAGACAAGGACCACCGCCAUCGUGGAGGUGAAGGGAGCCAUCAAUGUGGUGCUCACGCCUCUGGUGGCUGAAUCCCUCGACAGGUACAUUGAGUCCAUGGUCCACUUUGCCAGUAUCCGCCAUCCUGCAGCCAUUCUGGAUGACCUGCAUGGGAAAGUCCUCAAUGAGGCCUAUCAGAUCAGCAAGUCCACGGUCACCGAGUCUAGUCAAACCGGCAAGCAGGAGCACAAGCUGUCCAAGACAGAGGGCACGACCCCCGGCUCCCUCAACAUCACCCACGGCCAGACAGACCUGUCCAUCAAACCAGAUAAUGUGAAAAUCAAGGGCCUCCAAGCCAACGUCUCCAUCCCCAAGGUGAACCUUUGCCUCCUGCAGGCGUCUGUAGAGGAGGGGUCACCGUCCUGCUCCAGUAAGUGUGUCACGCAUGUGUCUCUGGUGGCGCUGUGCUUCGACAGGAUUGCCACCCAGUUCCGAAUGAACAGGGGCAUUGUAGAGGAAACACCCAACACCACGGAACAUGGCCGACCAUCAGUCAUGCUGGAGAAGUACGCCUCAGCCACCAAAAUGCAGCCUCAGUCUUCUGGCUCGCUGCGCUCCAACGCCGGCAUCGAGAAAGGCAAAGAGAUAGCCGCCAGGCUCAACAUCCACAGGAUCCACAGCCAACUGCGAGGCCUCGACUCCACUGACAUUGGCACGUGUGCCAUCACAGCGAUCCCUUUUGAAAAGUCCAAAGUGCUGUUUGGUCUUGAGGAAAUGGAGGAGUUUUCAAUGGUGGAUGAAACUGAUGCCCAGAACACGGCAGGAGAUCUUGGUCGUUCGGCGGCGUCUCUUGAGAAAUGGGGCUGGAUCAUGUUUGAAUGUGGCAUCGAGAACCUCACGGUCAAAGGGGGCCGUCAGUCAGGGGCCAUUCUUUACAAUUCAUUUGGUGUGAUGGGACGCUCAGACACUGGAGGGAAGACGGGGAUGUCCAAGUCCAACGGUUCGACAGGCUCUCAGACUGGCAGCGGUUACAGCACCGACGUCUCUGAUGACAACCUGCCGCACGACACCAUCAGCCCGGCCUCUGAUGUCAACGAGCACUCAGACUCAGACGACCAGGAUGAAGGAGUGGAGUCAGAUGACCUGAAGAAAGACCUCCCCCUCAUGCCUCCGCCCCCUGACUCCAGCAGCAUGAAGCUCACCAUCAGAGAGAUCUGGUUCAGUUUCGCUGCUCCAACUAACGUGCGCUCGCCCUCACAGGCCAUCUCCAGACAGCUGAAUCUGCUCAGCACAGCCACACCUGCCAUCGGAGCCUGGUUAGUUCCCAUCGACCAGCUCAAAUCUUCUCUACGCAAACUGGACAUGGAGGGCACACUGCGCGUGUGUGCUGUAAUGGGCUGCAUCAUGACAGAAGCGCUUGAGAAAAAGAGCAUACACAUCCCCAUCCGGAGCAAGUACAACCGUGUGACUAAACGGGCUCGCUACCUGUAUGAGAACCCCUCCUGUAUGCUCUGUAACAUCCUUCACCGCUAUCUGCAGCAGGCCGACUACUCUGUCAUUGAGGAGGCUACCAUGAAUGACGGGGUUCCAGCCCUAGUGACUCUAAAAAAGGGUCUUGUCGCUUUGGCCAGACAAUGGAUGAAAUUUAUAGUGGUGACUCAGGGUUUCAAAGCUAUUGGUCUGAUGAGGCCCAAUCAGCUCGCCAAACCCAAGGAGCCACAACAGAGCCUGGGUGAGACCAUCUUGGGCCUGGACAACGGCGCCGCGCUGGCGAGCGACACCAGCGCUGAUGGAGCUGAGUUUGAGUUUGACGCAGCCACAGUGAGUGAACACACCAUGCUACUGGAGGGAGCCUGCAGUCGUCCCCCACCAAAAGAAGCAAACUCUGGGCCUGUCAGCGGAGUGGAGAUCAUGAGGAAGCUGUCCAAGUCCCACACACACAACGAGUCUGCACUCAGGAUAAAGGGCUCCCAUCCAUACCAGUCGCUGAGCUACACCAGCGGUGACACAGCAGCUGACUCACCGGCCCAUGUGAGCCGUGCAGGCCUGCCAGCCAAGGACAGCCCCAGGAAGGAGAGCCUCCUGAGUAAUCUGACAGGCAGCUUUCGCAGUCUGCACAACCUACUGGAGGGCAUGCCCCAGAGGAGCGAACCGUCUGCUGCCGCUGCAGCCAAGAGCAGCUCCCUCACUCGCACAGGAAACAGUUUAGGGACAGACAUGCUGACGGAGCACCCGCUGCUGUCGGAGCCCUCUUCCGUCAGCUUUUACAACUGGAUGUCCAACGCUGUGGGCAACAGGACAGGGGCUGUAACCCAGGACUCGCCAGUUAACCGCUCCCAGCACAACAGCCUGCAGACAGAAAUAUCUGGAAACAGUUGCCAGAGUCUGUUCAGUAGCAAUCACCGAGGUGGGACAUGUAACCUGCCCACAAUCCCCUCGGCGUCCGACUUCAACACAGUGCUUUCCAGCGAUCAGAACACCUUGGAUGGGACCCACUCCCAGCACUCCCAGCACAGCACCAGCCAGGACGACAUGGCCGACAUUGAGGAGGGCAACCUGUGUCCUGCUGCUGUUCAGCUGGCCGAUGCUCAGGUUGUUUUCAAGCCUCUGUUGAGCUACACGGGCAUCCAGGCCCAAGACGCCACACCUCUCAGUUACAAGAUGUAUUUUGGAGAGCACCUGUCUUUCUCUGGCAACCUUGAGUGUCUCAGAGCGGACAUCGUCGACUCUGACACCUCCAAAGAUCGUAAAAACAAAAGGUCCAGGAGACAGGGCAUGGUGAACCUCCCUCCGCUGGAGUUCAAGCCAGCUCUGCUGAUUGAGACAUUCAGCCUGAACGCAGUGGUGAUGGAGAAGUCGACCAGCGCUCCGCAGGGCCCCACCGCGGUGCCGCUUUCAUUCCACGACCUCAACCGCCGCCACUACAACACAUUCCACUGCGAUUUCACCACAGCCUGUCAGGCCAUCAGCCAGCGCGUUGACAUGGCCCUGGUGCGCCUCAUCCACCAGUUCAGCACCAUGAUCGACGACAUCAAGGCCACGCAGACCGAUAUCAAGCUGAGCCGCUACACCGCCGGCUCGGCCUCACCGACGCCAACCUUCAAGGCCCGGCCGUACCGCCACUUCAGGUCCUCUGACUUCAGCCGCAGCUCCCGGGGCAGCCUUAACGGAGCGGGGCGCAGCGGGACCCAAACGCUGAAGAGCAAGAGAGGGGUGGGUGGAGGAGGAGCAGGUGGUGGAGGAGGAGGAGGUGUUACUGGGGGUUUACCACUGAAUGGGCCUCCAUCAGGCAUGGACACGCUGGGGAGGAGGGAGCCACGAGGACGCAGCUCCCUCGGACGCUCAGAACGACGCACCUCUAAGGUGUCAAGGAAGGGCUCUCGUGACGUGGCAGACCACAUGGCCAUCCAGAUGGACGACUCCGACUCCAUCACCGUGUCGGAGCAGAGCGAGCCGUCAGCAGAAUGUUGGCAGAACAUGUAUAAGCUACUCAACUUCUACUCCCUCAUCUCAGAUCCCACUGGCAUCCUGGAAAAAAGCUCCCCUGAGAACUGCCUUUCAGAAGGUGGCCGUCGGCCCUCAGAGCCGCUCUGCAAAGUCAUCUUUGAGAAUGAGCAGCAGGACCCAACCACGCCCAACAAGCCCCCUGGUGCAGGCGGGCGAAGGCGUAGCCUGGUAAGCUCCGAGCCCCAACAUGUCACACUUAUAGUGUUCGGCAUUGGCAUGGUGAAUCGCACUCACCUGGAGGCCGACAUCGGCGGGCUGACCAUGGAGGCGGAGCUGAAGAAGAUCCAUGGAAGCUUCACCCUAAAGGAGAAGAUGAAAGAUAUCCUGCACCAGAAAAUGACUGAGACGUGUGCAUCGGCUCACAUAGGAGGGGUAAACAUUGUUCUACUGGAAGGCAUAACUCCUGACAUCCAAACGGUGGUCAAAUGCAACAUUGCUAAGUCCCAGGCCCUGUACAGCGCCCAGCGAGGACUGAAGACCAACAACGCAGCAGUCUUCAAAGUGGGGGCCAUCAUGAUCAACAUCCCCCAGCACCCAGCUACGCUGCACAGCAUGAUGGUCCGCAGCUCCCACCAGCUCUCCAAACAGAUCUCUGACCUCAUCCGCCAGCCCUCCAUUGUUCAACCUCCUAACAGAGAGGACACCCCGACCCCGCAGCCCUCUGACAAAGCAUCCAGCAUCAAUCAGACCCCCGUCGAAGCCAACGAGUUCCCCCAGCUCCCUGAAGGCCUCGAGAAGAAGCCCAUCGUCCUCAAGUUCAGCGCCAUGAUGGAUGGCAUCACCAUCGGGGCCGCCCUGCUGCCCUCACUCAAAGCAGAGUACAAAAUGGGUCGUGUGAAGAGCCAUGGCAUGACAGGGGCACAAACCAGCUUCACCUUUGAGUUGCCAAAUCACAAGCUUUGCUUCCAGUCCAAAGUGUCCCCAGUGGACAUGUCCACCAUGCCACCAUCUGCCAGUCUCACCCUGCCCCCGGUCACCAUGUCAGGAGAGUACAUCAUGGAGGACCAUGAGAGCCACUCGGACCAGGGCUGGGCUCCUGACGACUUCCCUGCGAAGCAAGGGAACUACCUCCAGGGCAACUACCUGCGCUGUGUCGCUGAGAUUGGUUCAUUUGAGCACAACCUGACCACAGACCUGCUCAACCACCUGGUCUUCCUGCAGAAGGUUUUCAUGAAGGAGGUCAAUGAGGUCAUCCAGAAAGUCUCAGGAGGAGAACAACCCAUCCCAUUGUGGAACGAGCACGACACCUCAACAGAUGCAGACAAGCCCAAAAUCCUGCUUUACUCUCUGAGCCUCAUGUUCAAGGGAAUCCAGAUGACCGCCACCACUCCCUCCAUGCGAGCUGUGCGCUUUGAGACGGGCCUCAUCGAGCUGGAGCUGUCCAACAGGAUCCAGUGCAAGGCUCAGCCCGGUGGCAGCAGCAGCUACCUGAAACUGUUUGGCAAAUGUCAAGUGGAUCUCCACCUGGCUCUCGGACAGAUCGUCAAGCACCAGGUGUAUGAAGAAGCUGGCUCAGACUUCCACCAGGUGGCGUACUUCCGAACUCGGAUCGGUCUGCGGAAUGCUCUGCAGGAGGAGAUCAGCGGCUCCUCCGACAAGGAGGCCGUCCUCAUCACGCUCAACAGGCCCAUCGUUUUCGCCCAGCCGGUGGCAUUCGACAGAGCUGUGCUCUUCUGGCUGAAUUACAAAGCGGCGUACGACAACUGGAACGAGCAGCGCUUGGCCCUCAACAAGGACAUCCACGUGGCCACCAAAGAGGUGGUGGAUAAGCUGCCGGGCAUCCAGCAGACCUCCGCCCAGGCCUUCAGCACCCUCUUCCUGCAGCUGACCGUCAACGACCUGGGCAUCUGCCUCCCCAUCACCAACACAUCCCAGAGAGGACAAGUACCAGUAACGGAGGGCAUCCACUCUGAAGCUGGGGCCAGCACAUCAGUAGGCCGGCAUAAAAAUGCACGAAAAGCCAACCACAGCAUAGAUUUUGAUACCGGCUCAGCUAUGGUCCUGACCAUCGAGAGCACCCUGAUCACCGCCUGCUCCUCCGAGUCCCUGGUAAGCAAAGGCCACUUCAAGAAUUUCUGCAUCCGCUUCGCCGAGGGCUUCGAGACCUCCUGGGAUGACUGGAAGCCUGAAAUCCGAGGGGAUAUGGUCAUGAACGCUUGUGUAGUCCCUGAUGGUACAUAUGAAGUAUGUUCCCGGACUACAGGGCAACCCUCUGCAGAAAGCAGUAGCGCCGGUACCUGGACCCUGAACGUGCUUUGGAAAAUGUGCGGUAUCGAUGUUCACAUGGAUCCCAACAUUGGCAAGCGCCUCAACGCGCUGGGUAACACGCUGACAUCGCUGACUGGAGAGGAGGACGUAGAUGACAUCGCUGACCUGAACUCUGUCAACAUGGCGGACCUUUCAGACGAGGACGAAGCCGACUCCAUGUCGCCGACCAUCCACAUGAGUCCGGGGAGCCAGUUCAGCCCUCGGCUGACAUUAAGGAAGCGUCUGGUAAACCACAUCCUGGGCCUCAGCCCCAGGCCUCAGAGUGUGUCUGUCCCAGCAGACGACUCAUACUGUGCAUCGCCUCGCCUCGGAGCGGGCAGUGCCAGGGCCCAAAGACCUCUCUCCUGGGCCUGUGAGACCAUUGACCCCAGAAGGCAGAUGGCGAUGGGGAACCAAGUGAUUGACGCUCGUGGGAGGAAGUUCACAAAGAGGGUGGUGGACAUCAGAGAGCUGAACGAGCAGGCCAAGGUCAUCGACGACCUCAAGAAACUGGGGGCCAGUGAAGGCACCAUCAACCAGGAGAUCCAGCGCUAUCAGCAGCUGGAGUCUGUGGCCGUCAAUGACAUCAGGAGAGACGUCCGAAAGAAGCUGCGUCGCUCCAGCAUGAGGGCGGCCUCUCUGAAGGAUAAGUGGGGUCUUGGCUACAAACCAAGCUACAACCGCUCCAAAAGCAUCUCAGCGGCAGCAGGCCGGCCACCACUGAAAAGGAUGGACAGACAGAGUUCCAGAAUCGGGGAUGUGGAUGAUCUGCCAGACAUGCGUGUGGAUGCGUCCUCUCCUGGGCCUCGGGUCACUUUUAACAUCCAGGACACGAUAAAUAAUCCGUCCUUGGACGCUGCACAUGCACCUGUCAGUCCAGGAGAGGUAUUUAAGUUUCCUGAGGAGACAGAGGUGGACCUGUUGUCUGUCACCAUUGACGAGCCAUCCCAUCCUCAUCAUCACCUUCAUCUCCAUUCGCCAUCCGUUCUGGAGGGCCAGCAUUCAGUUUUCAGUGCCCCCGGCACCCCUGCUGUCUUCUCACCCGCACUUCCCUUCCAGCACGACGACAUGAGGCGAGACGACCUGUCCUCCUCCUCCUCCGAAGACUCUGAAAAGGAGGACGAGUUUGAGCGGGAGCGACCGCCGAGCUAUCGGAGGCCAUUCCAAGCGUCGCAUAGGAAGUCCUCGGGGUUUUCUGCAGUGAGUCAGCUGUUCAGCGAGCGCUGGCCUAGCACGCCCGCCAACCGCAGCUUCAGCGGCCCGACAACUGAGAGGAACAUCGACUUUGAGCUGGAUAUCCGUGUGGAGAUUGACAGCGGGAAGUGUGUCCUUCACCCCACCACUCAGCAGCCCGAGCAUGAGGACAUUUCCCUCAGGAGGAGCUGUGAGCGCAGCCUCAAGAGUCUGGACCAGGAGUCUCCCCCCAAGAAGAAGAAGCUGCAGCCUACCUACACCUCCACCACCCACCUCCUAGCUGGCAAGAAAAACCCCUCGUCCCUGCAGACCAAAUCCAACGACAUGGAGACCACAGUCUUUUACAUUCCAGGAGUCGACGUCAAGAACUCUCCACAGCAGGUGUGCCACUAG